CACUCAUCAGGCAUUCAACAAAAGACAACACGAACUACUCACAACGAAUCAGGCAAGUGCAGAUCACACACUUCACACAGCAAUGGCUGCUCUGGCUGCCGUGGUCGUCCUCGCGCUUGCAACGGUCGUCGCCGGCGCAGUUUCGGCGCCGUCCAGGAGUCCGGUCAUCUACAUUUUCGGGGACUCCAUGUCGGACGUGGGAAACAACAACUAUCUCCUCCUCUCCCUCGCCAAGUGCAACUACCCCUGGUACGGCAUCGACUACAAGAACGGCUACCCCACCGGGAGGUUCACUAAUGGCAGGACCAUCGGAGACAUCAUGGCCGCCAAGUUUGGCUCCCCGCCCCCGGUGCCGUUCCUCUCCCUGUACAUGACCGACGACGAGGUCCUCGCCGGCGUCAACUUCGCGUCCGGCGGCGCUGGGCUCCUCAACGAGACGGGCAUUUACUUUGUCCAGUAUCUAUCGUUCGACAGCCAGAUAUCGUCCUUCGAGCAGAUCAAGGACGCGAUGAUCGCCAAGAUCGGCAAGAAGGCUGCCGAGGAGACCGUCAAUGGUGCGAUCUUCCAAAUCGGGCUCGGAAGCAACGACUACGUCAACAACUUCCUGCGGCCGUUCAUGGCGGACGGCAUCGUGUACACCCACGACGAGUUCAUCGGCCUCCUCAUGGACACCAUUGACAGGCAGCUGACGAGGCUGUACGAUCUCGGCGCGCGCCACGUCUGGUUCAGCGGGCUGGCGCCUCUGGGCUGUAUCCCGUCGCAGCGCGUCCUCUCGGACGACGGCGGGUGCCUGGACGACGUGAACGCGUACGCCGUCCAGUUCAACGCCGCGGCCAAGGACCUGCUCGAGGGGCUGAACGCCAAGCUGCCCGGCGCGCGCAUGUCCCUCUCCGACUGCUACACCAUAGUCAUGGAGCUCAUCGACCACCCCGAGAAACACGGGUUCAAGACGUCGCACACGUCGUGCUGCGACGUGGACACGACGGUGGGGGGCCUGUGCCUGCCGACCGCGCAGCUCUGCGCCGACCGCAAGGACUUCGUCUUCUGGGACGCGUACCACACCUCCGACGCCGCCAACCAGAUCAUCGCCGACCGCCUCUUCGCCGACAUGGUGGGCUCCGGCGCCGUGGUGCCGGGGAACGGGACGUCCCCGCCCCGAGUCGUUAACGCGCCGACGACGAUGCCGAUCCACGCCGCCCCGCCACGCAAGCCGUGAUUCUCCCGUUCGGGCGCGCCCUUUUGUGUGGCAACGCGACCAGUGUUCCAAACGUGUAUGCAUGUAUUCCGUGCAGCUAAGCACGCAUGUGGUUGAUGAAAAAUACAUAGAAAUUAAUAGAGCAAGGAGAAAUCGUAGUGUCGCUAUUGUAGGCGACCAAUUUUCUGUGGCAAGAGAAUGAAACGACGUCCCCAAUUAUUUUU